GCCAUCAUUCCAAUGAUUUUGCACUCUAUGCUUUUCUUUGAAGCGAUACUUACUCACAUAUGAUUAACAACCUUUUGUAACUGUUUUGUACAGUAUCUCUUCUAAAUUAUUUGAAUGGUGCUCUUUGCUUAAUAUGUGUAUUUAAAUGAAGUUGAGACUGACUAGAGGUCAAAUCUAAUACUGGAACAAAGCUUGUGAGUUUUAUUUAUACCUAUUAUGCAUAUCAUAGACAAUGUGGGAAUCAAUAGAUUUAAAUCUCCAUCACGUAUUUUACUUCAACUUACAUUAUACAUUUAACUGCUAUUUUCAAAGUGCGUGUUCAGUUAUUCAAAGUUAAUGCCAUGUAGCUGUUCCAUAGAGUAACUGCAAUAUUACUUUGGUAGUCAAAUCACCUUAUCAUAGCUUCCUUGUCGUUUUGUUUCCCUUGAAAGGUACAGCACUGCCUGUGUACUCUCAGAAGGAAAUUGUGCACAUUAGUUCAGACUUAUUGAAAUGAACAAAAUGUGGAAAAAGUCAAGGUGUCUGAAUACUUUCCGAAUGCACUCUAUCUUGAUUAUAUCAAUACGUAUUAAAGCCCCUACGUCAAUACAUGUUAGAAUCACCUUUUGCAGUGAUUACAGCUCUGAGUCUUUCUGCGUAAGUCUCUAUCCACACAUGGAAUGUGCAACAUUUGCCCAUUAUUAUUUAACAAAUUCUGAAAUUCUUUGUUGAUCAUUGCUAGACAACCAUUUUCAGGUCUUGCAGUACAUUUUCAAGCAGAUUUAAGAGAAAACUGGCAACUCAGGAACAUUCACUGUCUUCUUGGUAAGCAACUCUAGUGUAGAUUUGGCCUUGUGUUUUAGGUUAUUGUCCUGCCGAAAGAUGAAUUAAUCUCCCAGUGUCUGGUGGAAAGUAGAAUGAACAAGGUUUUCCUCUAGGAUUUUGCCUGUGCUUAGCUCCAUUCCGUUUAUUUUUUGUCCUGAAAAACUUCCCAGUCCUUACCGUUUACAUAACAUGAUGCAGCCACUACUAUGCUUGAAAAUAUGGAGAGUGGUACUCAGUAACGUGUUUAAUUGGAUUUGCCCAUAACAUAACACUUUGUAAUCAGGAACAAACGUUUGCAACAAUACUUUAGUGCAUGUUUUAGAAUAUUUUCAUUCUGUACAGGCUUCCUUCUUUUCACUCUGUCAAUUAGGUUAGUAUUGUGGAGUAACUACAAUGUUGUUGGUCCAUCCUCAGUUUUCUCCUAUUACAUCCAUUAAACUCUGUAAGUGUUUUAAAGUCACCAUUGGACAAUCCCUGGGCGGUUUCCAUUCAAUGUCUGGAAAGGUACAACACUGCUUGUUAACUCUCAGAAGGAAAUUGUGCACAUUAGUUCAGACAUUGAAAAAAAACUUAGACAAAGACAAUUCUUUCUUAGAUAUUUUCUUCCACAUGAAAUCUUUCAAACAGGUCUGGAUUGAUAAAUUAUUGUGUUUUAACAUUUGUUCACAACAACAAUGCUUCUCUUGAGUUACAAUAUAAGGGUUGGGAGCAUUAAACCAUAAUCUCUUCACAGUGGCCAUGAUUCAGCCAGCACUUCCACUCCUGCUACUGGCUUGUGGGAGGGACCUACUGUAUGGAGUGGAUUUCCGGGGGAACAAUAUUGAGUAUCAGCCACUCAAAACUGAAAAUGCAAGUCGUUGCAGGCAGGAAUGCACCAACAAAGACAACUGCCAGUUCUUCACAUUUGUUGGGGAAAAGGCAGACAUAAUAGACAACAGAAACAAGUGUUUACUGAUGGCCUCAACUGGUAAAAUUACAGUACAACCCCUCGAACAUGCAACCUCAGGCUACUCUCUGAGACACUGCAAUGAUAAAGUCACGUAUUCAACCAAAAAGUACAACCUUGUCCUUGAAAUGAAAAACUGGACUGAAUCACAAGUGUAUUGCAGACAGCACUACACAAACCUGUCCAUCAUACACACAGAACAGGAUUGGAAGGAAGUUCAAUCCACUCUGAGUCAUUUCAAUGGUGGUGUAUGGAUUGGGCUCCAUAGAGAUAAACCUAAUCCAGAUGAAAUGUGGAGGUGGUCUGAUGGGGAGGACUUCAUGUUCUUUAACUGGAAAACGGGCUAUGGUGGCCAGAACAAUCAUGACUGCACCAUUUCUUAUUCAUCUCAAUGGAUGACAGUAGGGUGUACAGCUGAAUAUCAAUACAUGUGUCAACGAGUUCAACCUGGUAAUGGAACAGCAGAGAAGAUGUAUGAGCUGAUGCCUGAGCCAAAGACUCAGCAGGAUGCUGAGACAGACUGCAAGAAAAUAAACGGCAGAGAACUGGCGAGUAUCUGUAACCAGAAAGAACAGGAAGCCUUUGAUGAGGUGACUACAGGGAACACCUGGAUUGGACUUGAGAAGAACGACAAACUAUGGAAGUGGUCAAAUGGAGAACCAUUUCAUCAAUGGAAAAAUAACACGGGAGAUGGAAACUGUACAGCUGGACUCAGACAGAAAAUGGACACCAAAAGAUUGCUCUAGUCAAAGUGCUUUCCUUUGCUAUGGAGAUGAACGUCCACUUAACACCACUGGGGAUUUGACCACUCCUGUUACCCCUAAAACCACCAGCCAUACUUCAACUGGACCUCCCUCUAUCAAGACAUCCACCACAACACCUCCCACUUUACUACCUACUAAAACUACUGAACAGUCCACCACCUUAACACCCACCACUACUAAUGGACAGUCCACCACCUCACCACCUACCACUACUAAUGGACAGUCUACCACCUCACGACCUACCACUAAUGUACAGUCCACCACCUCAAC